AUGUUAGAAAUUGGAGCAUUAAGACAAGGCAUAUAUGAGAGUGUAUCUUCAUUCUGGGCAAAAAUUCAGAAAUAUGGUGAUCAACUUGGUUAUACUCCAGCACAGAAGAAAACCCAUUUUUUAUCUGGAGUUAGACCUGAUAUUAGAGAUGAAAUUUAUAGAAUUGGUCAAACAAAACCUAUUAAUGAUAUUAUUGAUACAAUCGAAAAAAUAAGGGAUGCUCAUACAAAACAGAUACCAAAUAGAAAACGUAUUAUAUAUGCUAAUUAUAAAAUUGGUAGUGAAAGAUAUGAUAAUAUUGUAAAUAGCCGGAUAUAUCCUCGACCACCUGAAAUAGAAAUAACAUCUAUGAAUUCAUCUAUCUCAAUACCUCAAUCAGAAAUCUUGCCCAUACAUAGCUUAUCAAGUGCCAGAAAUCCUGAGCAAGUAAUUUCUUUGAGCAAACCAGCGACAAAAAAGACUAGCAGAAAAUCAGAAUCAAAAACUAUAAAUCAUUCUAUCUCAUCAAUACCAGGGAGUGAUGUGCAAGCUAGAAUGGAAAAUUUACGAGAAUAUAAAAAACAGUUUCAAGCUGAAUCUUGA